AUGGGCGACGCGAAACAGAAGAAAAAGCUGCGGCCCAGGGACAAGUUCUACCACAUGGCCAAGGAGCAAGGUUACCGGAGUCGCGCGGCCAUGAAGCUGCUCCAGCUCGACAGAAGCUUCAGCUUCCUCCCGACGGCGCGCGCCGUGCUCGACCUUGGGGCCGCGCCGGGAGGGUGGGUCCAGGUGGCCGUGAGAAGCGCUGCCAUUGGGGCCGUCGUCGUCGGCGUCGACCUGAAGCCCAUCUGGCCCAUCCGCGGCGCGCGCCUCCUCAGGGAGGACAUCACCGCCACCGCCAGGUGCAGCGCUGCCGUGCGCAAGUUCAUGGACUCCAAGGGCGUCACCGCGUUCGACGUCGUUCUCCACGACGGAGAUGGAAAGAAUAAAAAGAGAAAGCGCGGUGGUGAGGAGGCCACCACCACCAGGCAGUCAGCGCUCGUCAUCGACGCCGUACGCCUAGCAACCAUGUUCCUCGCUCCCAAAGGCACCUUCAUCACCAAGUUCAUUGGGCCUCAUGAUUUCGCACCAGUCAUGUUCUGUCUCCAACAGCUGUUUGAGAAGGUCCAGGUGGCUAAACUUGAGGCAAGUCGGUCCAUGUUGCCUGAACAUUAUUUUGUCUGUCUGGAAUAUAAAUCCCCCGCAAAGAUUCAACCAGAACUUUUUGAUCUAAAGCACUUGUUAAAUGCGAGUCUAAAAAAUAAGCCCAGGGAUGAAGUUCGUAGUUCUAUGGAGACCAAAUCAAGGGGGAUCACUAUGCAUGGAAGCUUUCCAUCCUGGAAAGCUUGGAACGCUGGUCGAGCUUCAGAUUUUAUAUGGUCUGAGGCCCAGACAAUGCAAGAGUUACUUGUUUCUUUUAUGGGAGUUUCAUUUGAGGAUCCAGAAUCUCUGCCUAUCAAGAAUCAUGAGCUUACAACUGAAGAGAUACAAAUGUUCUGUGAAAAUUUGGAUAUUCUGGAUGAAAAAACCUUAAAUCAUAUCUGGGAAUGGCGCAUGCGCAUAAGGAAAGCACUGUCUUCAUGUUCAACAGUGAUACCAAAGCCUGAUGUUACUGCGGUGGAUGCUAAGGUCAAAGAUGAUGGCCAACCUGUAGACAAAACGGAAGAAUUUACGAGCAUCAUUGAUACAAAGACGAGAGAGAAGAGUGAAUCAAGCUGUCGUGCAAAGGAUGAAGCACACAAGACACCAGGAAUGCAAAUCGACGCUACAGAAGAUGCUUAUUGCGGUGCUGACUUAGCUUCUCUUAGUUUUAUCAAGCAUGGGAAGGACCUUCGAGCUUUUGAUUCAGCAGAGCAAGAUAUGGAAUAUGGUAUUGGAGACGGUGGGCAGGAGGAAACUCAAACUCACGAGGGCUCUAAUGAGGAAGUGGAUUUGGAUGAAGAACAACAUAGCAGGUACGAGGGGAUGCUGGAUGAAGCUCGUGAGGGUUUCAUGAUUAAAAACAACAAAGUAAAACGGCAACGCAAACAUGUGAAUCCAAUCAAUCCCUAUGCUAAUGCAGAUUUGUUAGAGAAGCCCAGUGAGUAUGUCGUUGCCAAGAAGAGGGUCCAUGUCAGGGAGCCAUUGGUGAAUCCACUGAUGAAGGACAAUAAUACCGGUGGGGUUGGCGGAGAAGAGGCCAAAUGCCGAAGGGGAAGGGCGCCGCCAGAAAGAGGUGUAUUCCAAGAAAAGCUGACAAGAAGGCUGGAUCCAAUCAUGUCGACAUGACUCGUGCUGAAAUUUCGAGCUAGCUGUUCUGUUGUAUGCAUUGCACAGUCUAUUGCAUGCUGGGAAGACAUUAAUCUAUGUUUUAGGUUUUGUUCAAGUUAAUUGUAUCGUGUAAGAUUGUUAUUUAAAUCACUCGUGUAGGAGUGACGACUGUCAGACUGAAUUAAUUUGUGUAUUAUGAGCUGUUUUCAGAUUAUUA